CCCACACGAACCCACCCAAUAAAAACAGAAGCACUCCAUGAUGACCUCACACAAGGCCACAAUAUUAACUUCCCUCACGUGAAUUCUUCAGCUAACCCUCGCACGCACUACAAUUCGCAAGUAGAUUUCUACAUACAACUUUACAACCUUCCAUAAAGCGUCUAGCUGGCUAACAGUAGAAAGAAAAGAAUAACCUAGUCGCCCUCCACCUCCUCCUGUUCUUCCCUCAUGGGCUUCGAUGGUAGCUGUGGUGGAUGGAAGGUUUCAAUCUUCCUUCUAGGAUUGCUUGUUCUUCAAGCCUCUGUCGGCUCGCCGGCGGUGGUCGUAGGCUUGAGAAGGCGUCACGGUAGGCGGCCGGACUUCCUGGCCAACCAGCCUGUUUGCGACAUCUUCAUGGGGAGCUGGGUCAGGGAUGACUCGUACCCGCUGUACCAGUCCUUGAAUUGCCCCAUCGUCGAUGCCGAGUUCAACUGCCAAUUGUACGGGAGGCCUGACACCGACUACCUGCGGUAUCGAUGGAAGCCCUCCGGCUGCGACCUCCCAAGGUUUGAUGGGCUUGAUUUCUUGAUGCGAAUGAGAGGGAAGAAGGUGAUGUUCGUCGGCGACUCGCUGGGCCGCAACCAAUGGGAAUCUUUGAUCUGCAUGCUUCAUGCAGCGGUGCCAUUGUCGCAGACCCAAUUGAUAAGAGGAGAGCCUCUCUCCACCUUCACGUUCUUGGAGCAUGGGGUGUCGGUUUCUUUUUACCGGGCUCCUUAUCUUGUGGACAUAGACGUGGUCCAAGGGAAACGGAUGCUUAGGCUGGAUGACAUAUCGGCUAAUGGCAAUGCGUGGAAAGGGGCUGAUGUCCUGUCUUUUAAUUCUGGCCACUGGUGGACGCACACAGGAUCUCUUCAAGGGUGGGAUUAUAUGGGAGAUGGAGGAAAUUACUACGUGGACAUGGACCGCUUGAUUGCCUUUCAGAAAGGGCUGAGUACAUGGGCCAACUGGGUGGACCUUAACAUUGAUAGAACCAGAACCAAGGUCUUCUUCCAGUCGAUUUCUCCCACCCACUACAACCCAAUUGAGUGGGGCGACCCGACGUCGAAGAACUGCUUUGGCCAGACGGUUCCCAUUAGCGGAUUCAACCAUUCAGGGCUGUACCCGAGCCAGAUGCAGGUCCUGCAGGGCGUGCUCAGGGCAAUGCAGAGCCCUGCCUUCUUGUUGGACAUCACCACCCUCUCAGAGCUCAGGAAAGACGGCCACCCCUCCAUCUACAGCGGCGAUCUGAGCCCCGAGCAGAGGGCCAACCCCGACCGCUCCGCCGACUGCAGCCAUUGGUGCCUCCCCGGCCUCCCGGAUACUUGGAACCAGCUAUUCUAUACUGCUCUCUUCUUCUGAGCACCAAGCUUCUCCUGCCUGUUUGUCGCAGGCAAGCAAAUUUAAUUGUCGCAUCCAAUUGUACAAUCUUACCGUUGAUAUUUAUAUAUAUUUUUUUAAAAUAGUUCUUGCGAUCUAGCUGAAAUGCUGGUGUUGGACUGGCUUAGAUACAUAGACUCCAACUACAUAGUGGAAUUAGUGGAUAUAAAGUUCCAUUGUUAGACUAUUGUAUUUUAUUUUUUGAGAAGGAUGGUUAGAUUAUUGGGGCAACGAGUCAUGUUAGGUUUUCAA